GGGUUUGUUCAUUUUGUGCAGCUGUGUGUGUGUUCAGUUAGAAUUUUGUAGUAUUCAAAGUUUUUUUUGUCCUUCCCCUUUUCUUAAGCUCAAGCACUUUAUAUUUUAGGGUGGGGAGUGUUUAAAUUACAGCCAGGUAAAAAGAUGUUUUUCCUUUAUACAGAUGCACUGACUACGACCUUAACCGCCUCAUAAAUUAUGUCCUGUAUUUAGUACAUAUGCAUCUUUCUGCUGAGGGCAAGUUUACUGUAGUUUUUCAAAGUGAUGUUCUGAUAUCUUUUACUCUAUGUGUGUUGCAUGUCUCCCAUAAGGCAGCAGAGUAGUUAGUACUAGAUCUGUAAAUACCCCCAAAAUGGGGAAGCCGCUAAGCAGGCCAGACUGUUUACGUCAGAACCCUCCUUGUGUAGGAAAAGGUGAUGAUGAAGAAGAAGAUAUCAAUAUUGAAGACUGUUAUGUUCCUCAGAGGUCAAUCUAUGACACAGUUCGACUGAACGAGCAGAUUGAUUCAGGUUCUAAAGGCAGCCUCUCCUCCAGGCAUUUUUCGGAUCGGACUUUGCCAUAUAGUCAUAGAACACUGGAUCUUAGUACCUUGUGCUCCAAUGGUGCCCUUUCUUCCUCCAGUGUGUUUGAGCUCCGAGGACGGGAAGCUAAUAAACUAGAUGAAAAAAUGAUCUUUGAUGCCCUUAAAUUGAACAGUGACAUCAUUCGAACAGCUGGCUUGCCCAAAGCAAAGUAUCACACAGAAAAGAAAGAACAUAGGAGAUCCUGGAGAAUGCUUGUCCCACCAAAUUUUUCAGACUAUACAAAUAAAAGUGACUCUUCAGUUGCUGGGACUCUUGAUAUGUUAGGUUUAGCAGCAACAGGCCAGGUCAAAUAUGGGACUAAUUCUUUAACUUCAGAAGAAGAUGACUCUGGUCUAUGUAGUCCUCCAGCAGAAAGAGAAGAAAAGCAAGAGAUGGUAGCAGGGCAACAAAAUCAGAUUAGGAGCAUAUCUUCUAUAGAAGAUAUUCAGUUAGUAGGUAAAUUCGGGGGGUGUUCUCCUACUAUUUCUAGCAGCAAACCGCAAGUUUCAUUGCUUACCUCCAGAAGUGCCCCUGUCAAUGGACACUACCGAGUGAAAUUGCAAGAUGCUUCACAGACAGAGUUAACAGAACGAGAUUCGCUCUGGAAUUUUGAAGGUAAUCAGGAGAAAGGAGGUGGACAUUACAGUCCAUUGACAUAUUUGCAAGAAGACCUCUUAGCACAUGCACAAUGGCUCCAGGACAGUGAGAGAGAGCAUGAUUUCACUUUAGACAGAAAGGAAGUGAGGAACAGCUCUGAAGGUAAUGAGCCAUUAGAAACCCAUGACAGGAUGAUUGAAAAGGAUGUCUUGGACAUUUCACCUCAGGACAUAGAUAUUUAUUAUGAAGAUGCAGCUUUACAUGCUAGUGAUAUGGAAUUGGCAAAAUACAUGAUUUUGCAUGAAGCAGAGGGAUAUAAUAGAAUCCAUUCAGAUUCAGGUGAAAUCGAAUUGUCUAGUCAGGCUUUGGAACUUGAUAAUACCACGUGUUGUCAAAAAGCAAAUCCAAUGAGCACUGAAUUCAAUUUCUGUACUACAGGCAAAAAGAUAGAGCAAAACUUGGAUACAGUUUGCAAUGGCGUGUUGUCUAAUAAGGUAAUUCAGAACAAACAUGUAUUGUCUUUAAUAUGUCAGUUGUCUUUUGCAUUAUUUAGGGUGGGGGCUUUUUUUGGGGGGGGGCAAUUUCACCAUGAAUGCUUAUAUUUUGUUAAUCUAUCCAAAGAGGUCCCUAAAAUCAUUUGCCCAACAUGUUAUUAGAAGGCAGAAAUGGGUAAGAUGGUCACUUUAGUAAAUUGAUUAAGGGCAGUUUGUGACAGGGUUGAUUACUUCCAGCUGUUUGGUGCAUGGCUAUUUAGUGUCCAGAUGGUGCCUGUUACCCUUCAUUUGGAAUGCUUCCACUGUGCAUUGAUGUUCAGCGUCCCCACCCCCACCCCCUUUUAAACACAGUUUGUGUUUCAAGCAGCCAAUGCCAUUCAAGGGCAGAUAGGCCUGAUUUAUUUAGCUUUAACAUAAUAUAGGCUGCAGUCAUUUACACACUUUCCUAGGGGUCAGCCC